ACUCGCGCGCCCUGCUGAGCUGACGGGUCUAGCUCGAGAGCGCACAGGAGGACAGGGGUUCAGUCACUGCUGGCCAAGGCCCCUAGGGUUUCUUCGCGUGUGUUUUUAUAUGCUUAGAUUUUAACUUCAAAAUUAGCUAAAAAAGAAAGGGAAAAAUGUUCUCGGAACUUCUGUGUGAAUUAUGAGCUACGCUGCUGUGGUCCUGUUUUACUAAAAAUGACGUGGCCGGAUGAUUUUGGGAGAUUAAGCGCGGGUUUUCUGACCAUUUUACUUAGCUUUACUUUUCAAGGUGCAUACUGUGGACUGGUGGUUUCUCCUGUUGGUCCUACUCUGGUGAAUGCUAUAUCUGGCAGCAAUGUGACUCUGGCUGUGUCCUUCAGUGGUGCCCCUGACCCAGCGGUUACCUGGUUCAUGAAGGAUUUUAGCCUACCUGUCGUCACAUGGGCUAUUAACUCCAAUACUCUCCCAGACAUAGAGGAGAACAGAAGAAAGGUGCUGAGGAUUGAGCCAAAUGGAUCCCUUACCUUUGUAAAUGUGCCACUUGAGUAUACCAGUAACUACACCAUUGAAAUGACUAAAUCUGGACUGGGAAGAUCCUCGACUACUUUCUCUCUGGAAGUAUUUAGUAGUCCAGUGAAGUUCCUGCCAGCUGUGGGAACCAGAGUUGACUCUGAAGGCAAAAUAGUGGUCGCUAUCCAAUGUGUCAGUGAGGCCUGGCCUAAGGCUGUGGUGUCAUGGUCCAAAGGCAGCGAGGCUCUCACCAACAGGACACCGUACCAGAUCAGCAGUGACACCACACAGCUCGAGAUUCUGGGUUACAAUGUCAGCAAAUUUCUCCUCCAAAACUACUUUUGUAACUGCAGCAACCCACUGGGCAGCCAGAGGAGGGAAAUUCUGUUAACAGGACCGUCAAUCUCAAAUUCCAGUUUGUUCUCUAAUCACAAUAGAACCAUCGUCACAUUGACCUGGGAGGUCCCGCCUACCUCUGUCGUUACAGGGUUUGACAUCCAAAUGAAAGGACCAGACCUCCUGGGAAAAAAUCACACCCAAACUAGCUUAAACCAAUUCUACACCAUCCAGCAUGAACCUGGCACUACCAGGAGUGCAGACAUCUUUAUCCUCGAUCCUAACUUGACGUACACGUUUCGGAUUAUCCCCAAAGCUCUUAUGACAGAAGGAGACCCAUCUGCGGCCCACAGAAUUGGUCCAGGUGAAGGGCUGAGUAGAUCUGCCAUCGCUGGCAUUGCAGCUGGAAUCCCCUGCAGUAUUCUCUUCCUAGUCCUGCUGGGCGGCUUCAUCUACUUCUGUGUCUACUGGAACAAGAACAAAAGUCGGCAAACAAGAUAUCCAUUGUCCAGAGCAGUUGAGAAGGCAAUAACAUCUCAAACAGAAACAACUCCUCAUAACCUGCUGACAGGAGGGCUGAAGUCUCCCCCUGAUUACAACAGAUUGCAGCAGACUCCCUCUGAAAGAUCAGUGGCUCUCCCAACAUUUGGCAGUCCUCUGCCUGUCAGAGUUGCUACAACUGUCUAAACUCGCAAAUUUGCUUAGAUUUUUGUAACGCAUGCUAUAUAUUUGUUUAAUUUUAAUGUAUGAUAUUGUUCUAUAUUUGUAUUAAUAUUUUUACUGAAAGUAAGAAUCGUUUGUGGUAUUUCUUCCACUUUCCUGUAUAUGCUGCACGUUAAACUCUAUCAUUAUU